AUGAUGAACGGCGGCCCCGCUCGACGUUGGACGGCUCGACAGCAGACUAACGUUAUCACGGCCGAGGUGACGGAGUCACUGAUAAUACAAACCCGACGGGUUGACCAACGGCCGUCGAAGGCACUAGCUCGGCUCUCCGGCGACAACAGCUAUCCACACAUGCGGUAUCCACACACGCUAAUCACAAGCACGGGCAUAGACGGCGACGGCGGCGUGACACGUCAAACGACACCAGAAGGACGCACGAGGUUACAGCAGCGCACAGGACGCUCGAGUGUCGGGCGUGGUGUUGAGCCAAAGGCCCAGCAACAGGCGCGCAAAAGUGACGGGGCGGACACGGCAAAGGCAAAACGGGCGUGUGAUCGGCGAGACAGUGAAACUGUACUGAAUGAAUACUGA